AUGGAACUUGUGCCAGACGAUGACGUCGAGUACUCCCCCGAGUACGUGCGUGCUGAGAGGGCCAGGCGCGGCCGAAGGCAACGGCAGCCCCCCACCACGGCAGCACCAGACAAAGGCCAACCUGCAGUGCUGCCAGUUCUCAGCCAAGACCCAGUAGCCGAGACCCUUCGUGGCCGAGGCCGCGUCAAUGUCUGCGCCGACGUCGACACCACGACCCUACACAACAUGGCAAGGCUGGCGCCGGAGAUGUGCCCAUCACGCGAGCUGCCGACUAGGCGCACACACAUCUACACGGACGGCAGCUACAACGGCAUCCCACAUACAGCCGCCUGGGCAGUAGUUAUUGUCGACGAGUACGACGACGGGCGCAACUCACGAGGCCCGUUUGGCUUUCGGGGUUUCAUUGCUGGCAAGGUCACCGAGUCCCUAGACGACAUGGCAAACAACGAGAAGGUGACGGCAUACACAGCUGAGCUCACGGCAGUACUUUGGGCACUAAUGUGGGCCCUUGGUCAAGACACCGCCGCGCCCAUCGAGGUCACGCCCGACGCCCUCAACGUAAUCAACCUGGCCAACGGCGACGCCCAAUGCCAUGUACAUCCGAGGCCCAUCAGCACCACCACCAUCAAGGCCGACCUCAGCUUGAAUUUGUGCACCUACAACUGCAGAUCACUCAAGGCCGCCGUCAGCUUCAAGUCGGGCAAAGGCAAGGCGGCCAGUAAAAGCAAGCAGAGCAUCUCCAAGGUUACGCACCUAGCAGCACAGUUUGCUGACAUGGGCCUGCACGUCGUGGCCCUCCAGGAGACGCAGAGCGAAGGAGACGUCCGCAACGUUGGAGAAUAUGUUUGCUACUCCUCAGGCCACGCGCAGCAGAACAGAGGAUGCGACAUUUGGCUCAACGUCUCCCAGCCGAUCAGCGUGAGUGGGGCAGCGAAGUACCUAAGUGCCAAAGACACCCUCGUCCUCCACCAGCACGAUAGGCUCUUGAUCAUCAAGACCCGCGUUGCAGGCACAGACAUGGUCAUCGCCUCCGCAUAUGCACCCCACGAAGACUCCCAGGCGGCUGAGAAGACAGAAUUCUGGGAGUCUGCUCAGCGAUUGUCUGCCAAGUACCGCGUGGACAUCUUCAUGGGGGACCUGAACGGGCGUCUCGGCGACUAUGAGUCCCCAGGAGUUGGCACCAGUGGGUACCCAGAAGCGACCAACGGCAAUGGCAAGCACAUCAUCAGCUUCGCAGCCGACACCGACAUGGAAGUCAUCAACACCACGAAGGAUCCAGGCAACAACUCGUUUACGCAUAUCGGAUCGAAGGGGCAGCGCCACAGGAUAGACUACAUCCUGCUGAGCCCCUCGACCGCCCCGUACGUUGCGAGCUGCAGCACGGAGCCAGGUCUUGACCGAGGCACAGCUGCACAAGACCACAUACCAGUACUCGCCACCCUCAAGUGGGCCGUCUGCAAGACCACCAAGGCCAGCUUUAAGGAGAUUCUCAAGCAGGCCCCGAUCAUCCCCUGGGAGGUGGACGUCGACACCCACUGCGAGGAGGUCACCAGAGUCGUCAACAACGCGGCCAUCCAGGCCUUCGGCAAGGCCGUCAAGGCAGCGAGGAAGCCCUACGUCACCAAGACUACCAUGGGCGAGGUCGGGGCCUUUCUGGCCCUGUGGAGCAGAGAGCGUGGCGACGACGACGGCACCAUCCACGACAUCCACGACUACGCGCACCUCCUCCUGAACUGGACGAUCUCGCCCAUGGUCUACGCCAUGGCCAUCCUUGCCUUCCUCACCAGGUCUGGGCUCCUCGUUGCCUCGGCCGUCGAGAAGGACCGUAGUGCCUUCCUCAGCCGGCUUGCCUCAACUGCGUCCUCCGCCUCCGCUGCGAACGACGCUGCGGUCCAGUGGAAGGCCUACCGCGACCUAUUAAGGCAUGGCGGGAGGAAGGCGAAGUUCCCAGCAGGAAAGCCGAUGAGGCUCGACAAGGAUGGAGAGGUGAUCCACAACUCCCAGGACAUGGCGGACCAGGAGCUCAACCAUUUCGCGAAGAUACAAGCGGGCAAGAACGUGACAGCGGAUGAUCUCGCCAACAAGUAUAAUCAUGACAGCAAGACCAGGCCCUUCGACGGCAUGCUGGAUCUCUCCAUGGUGAUGCCCCUGGCCGUCUGCCAGGCCCAGUUCGCUGCGGCCAAGGCUGGGGCGCAAGCAGGCCCUGACGGGCUCGCGAACGCCGUCCUCAGGGCGGCUCCUACAGAGGCAGCCAGGCUGCUGCACCCCCUCUUCACCAAGGUGGCGACCACCGUACGGGAGCCGCUGAGCUUCAAGGGCGGGGGCCUGGUCGCAAUCCCCAGAGGAAAAGGCGACCCACGAUACCUCCUAGCGUACCGCGAGAUCCUCUUAAACAACGUCCUGGGCAAGCACCACCAUAAAUACCUGAGGGCUAUGCUCAACACUACCCUCGCCAUAGCGCUGGAGGACAUCCAGGUUGGCGGCCGGCCCAAGCGAGGGGCUGACAUGGCGGUCCUAGCAGCGCGCCUCUUCACAGAGAGAAGCCAGGCCCAAGGGAAGUGCUCCAUGAUCAGCUGCUACGACUUAAAGGAGGCCUUCUACUCGGUUGUAGUCCAGCUGGUCCAUGGCAUCCCAGGCGAGGAGGACGAAGUCCAGGAGGUGCUAGACAACCUCGAAGUUCCCCUUUGGGCCCAGCCACAAUUGGAGCACCUCAUGGCCAACCCAGGGAUACUCGACACAGUGUUGGACGGCUCCCACCUGGCUGCCCUCAUUGCAGAAGGGCACCGCAACAGGUGGACAUCGCACAGGUUCUCCCAGAACCUCAUGGCGCCGCACAAGGGCACGAGGCCUGGCGUGCCGACGCGGACUUCAAUCUGCUCUUCGGCCGAGUCCACCACAUGA